AUGUCGCGCCGACCAGCCCACCGCCACGCCUGCAGGCUCGAAGAUAGCUCCAAGGACAGCGAAGACACCCCGGCACGCAGUGAGAUCUCAGGAUACGACUCGUCAGCGAGUGUGCGAGUUGUACUCCGUGCGUACUGCGACUUCGGUUGA